AUGGGACAGCAGAAUACUCCGAUCCCGUCGACUUCGCCGUCUCUUAAAACUCGUCGCGACACGCAGAUUUUUUCUCCCCUGCCGAGACCGUCGUUGCAGCAAGACUCCCAAGAUUCCCAAGAUUCCCAAGAUCCCCCGCUAUCCUUCUCCGAACCUACUCUCCGAUUUCCCCGACCGCAGGGCAACCAAAGCCUUGCCCACUGGAUCUCUAGCAGCGAUCCAGACAUCAUGCAUGUGACGAGCGCCCAGGUCGAGGAUGCCGGUUUGUCCGAGUCCACCUACGAGUUAAUAGGGUGCACCGACAGCGAGUCUCAGGACGGCAACUACACGGACAACAUCAGCGAAUCGGUAGGAUCGCUUGAGUUCCAUCGUCCAGAUGACGUUGUCAGCCUCGCAGGCACAGAGCACACCUGCGAUGAAGAGUCCGUCGCUGAUGCCCACGAGGAGACUUUUCUCAGUCGCAGUCCAGGGCUUGAUUAUCUUCAAAUGCAGCACCCCAUCACCGCAGAUGAUGCGGACGAUGACGAUAACUCCUCCAGAGCUUCCCUAGAAUAUGCAGAUAAUAGCCUGCGUACACCUUCGAUCCUCACGCCCGAGGCCAGCCGAUACAUUGGUCCUCAAGAUGAAUCUUUCAAAGCAAGAUUCCCCACUGGGUGGCUCUUAUGGACUUAUGGCGUGUCUGACUCUAUCGCUCAAUUGGUAUUUGCGGCGCUGCCCGGCUUGUUAACUCUCAUUGCUGUGGCUUUAGUAUUCCACACAGUCGUCCCCGGGACUGAGAACGUCUCACAGCCAAAUGUGUCUAGCAUUACGUCAACUAUCGCAAAGACUCCGUUUUUUCCAUCGUUUACGCAGAGCCAGCAGCCAAACAUAACGCCCCCCAGCUCAUCUACUUCUGGAGUUGCGUUGAUCCCGUUACAAGGUUCGCCAGAUGAAGGCCUCUUUCGCUCACGGAAACCGACUGUUUCUUUUACGCCUCAUGGCAAGAACGAUGUCUUGAUCCACGUUGCGCGGGAUGUCAGAGAUACUUGGAUGUCAAAGAGCUGUCUCAAUGUCACAGUAUUAAGAAGCACGCAGGAGCUCGAGUUUUCGCUCUUUGCCGUUGAGGAUGGCAUCCUUGUCAGGUUUCCUCGCCGAGAAGCCUACGGCGUUGUGAACCUCUCCGUCAAGAGCAAAUGCCGCCCUAAGAUAGAAAAGGCCAUCAAGGUACACUUUGGCAAGGGCAUCAUAGUGGACGCCUUUGAGAGGACCAAAAGCCUGGCCCAAGAUCUGUCGGAGCUGGUCCCUGUUGCGGCGCACGAGGCGGGACGAUGUCUUGCUGGAGCUGGACGUGUUCUUGAACACGCCUCGGAAUCAUUCGCCCAUGCAUGGCUGGUUGGGACUGAAAGAGCGCAGGAUCUGCUUAUCAAUGCGAACAUUGGCACCGCCCGCCCCCUAGUCAAUUCUGUUUCCCAAAUUUGGCGAGAGACUCUCGAGCUCCUUCGUGAAAACACCGACAUUCCAGAAAAGUACCGCAAGUCGAUUUAUUCAGUACGCAACGCUCAAACGCAGCUCCGACUUGGGCUAUUGGAUGCGCAAGUGUCGGCCCGCAUGUGGUGGCUUAAAUUUCAAGGCAAGGACGAUGAGUACCGGACUUACGCGAGCAAAGCGCAAGUGUACCUACAGAACAAGAGAAAAUCAGCUAAGGAGCUUCUACAAAAACUCCAGUCGUCAGGCAUGAAAGCAAGGGCCUAG